AUGUUCUCUGCGGCUUUGGCAGGAGUGGUAUUCGCGCUAAACGUCCUCUGUACGUUGGCCACCGCGGCUGUGUUGGUUGUUUCGAGGGUACCGCAGCUAAGGUUCCUACUCCAGUACGGCAAGACGCUGCGGAACGAUCCGCACCCGCGCCUGCUAGACCUGUACGUGCCGAAAAAAUGGUUUACUCACUUCUACGAGUUCUCGCUCGCACUGAGCACUGCCGGGCUCAUCUGGGUCUUUGCAAACCACUCCUUCUGCCUCAUCCAUCUUGUCUGCAUGCUCACGUUUUUUCAGAGCCUCAAAAGAGUGUACGAGUGCCUGUUUGUCUCGAAGUUUUCUCCGACAGCCAAAGUGCACGUGACACAUUACCUGGCAGGGCUGCUAUUCUACGUUUGGGCAGACGUGCUGCCCAUUCUGAGCUCGGAGCUGCCUGAUUCGACGCUGAAACGCAGCCCGUCAGCAUUUUCAUAUUUCUGUGCGCUUCUGGCCUUGCUGCUGUCGUACGACCAGUACAUCAACCACAAGCAUUUGGCCAGUCUGAAAAAAUAUACAAUGCCGCACGACGGGCUCUUCAAGUACAUCUGUUGCGCACACUACUUCGACGAGGUGUCCAUCUACCUGUGCCACUUCCUUAUCCAGCAAAAUGUCUCGUCGUUUUUGGUUUUUGUGUGGACGCUCGUCAAUCUCUCUGCGUCGGCUACACAGUCGUACAAUUUCUACGGAAAGCCUGCCAAGGCAGCCAUCAUCCCGUUCAUAUAUUAG